UAAAAGAGAAAGGAAGUAUAUAGUUCACUCCGUUUUCAUUGGAAGAGAAAGUCGAAGAUAUUUCAGCGGAGAUUUAAUCCUCAAGUCAGGUACUCCUUUCUUUUUGAACUCAAAGAGAGAACUCGCAACUUUUGACAAUGUCCAGCUUCAACAAAGGUCCGGCCUACGGACUCACCGCGGAAGUCAGAAACCGGAUUGCACAGAAGUACGACCCCCAAAAGGAGGAGGAGCUGAGAAUCUGGAUCGAAGACGUCACCGGCGCUACCAUCGGCCCUGACUUCCAAAAAGGCCUGAAGAACGGAAUCAUCCUGUGCGAGCUGAUCAACAAACUCCAACCGAACUCUGUGAAAAAGGUCAACCAGUCAGCGCUGAACUGGCACCAGCUGGAGAACCUGACAAACUUCUCCAAAGCCAUCAAGGAGUACGGCCUGAAACCUCAUGAUAUCUUUGAAGCCAAUGACCUGUUUGAGAACGGUAACCUGACGCAGGUGCAGACCACGCUGCUCGCACUCGCUAGCAUGGCCAAGACCAAGGGCUGCCAUUCACGAGUGGACAUUGGGGUGAAGUACGCUGACAAGACGGAGAGGAUGUUCGACGAAGAGAAGAUGAGGGCUGGACAGUGCGUCAUCGGUCUACAGAUGGGGACCAACAAGUGUGCCAGUCAGACGGGUAUGAACGCAUACGGCACCAGGAGGCACUUGUACGACCCCAAAGCUCAAAUCGAGCCCCCAAAAGACAACACAACCAUCAGCCUGCAGAUGGGAACCAACAAAGGGGCUAGCCAGGCCGGGAUGACUGCUCCGGGGACAAGGCGUGCCAUCUACGACAAGAAGCUGGGCACAGAGAAGUGUGACAACAGCACCAUGUCUCUACAGAUGGGCUACAGCCAGGGAGCCAACCAGAGCGGACAGAACUUCGGCCUUGGCCGGCAGAUAUAUGACGCCAAGUACUGUCCCAAAGCUGGAGAGGUCCCUGAGGAACAAAACGGGGCAGCUGUCGCCCACGAGCUCAUGCCAGAUUACCAAGAUGAGGGUUACCAAGGCUACCAGGAAGAGGAGCAGGUGUACCAAGAGGAAGGGACUGAUUAUUGAGGUGGAGGUGACCUGAGGGAGGAAAAGGGAGGUUUUAUAAAGGAGGCGAGGAGACCUCACUGCAGGUGGUUUAUUUUUAUAUCCUCUGGAUGUUGAGCCUCUUUUGGUCAGAUCCUCUCUAGUAUUGUGUUUUUUACCCCUAUUUGUGGAAAACCAUUGUUAGACAUAUCAUGAUGAACUGUAUUUCUGUGAUUUUGCUUUUUUUAUUUAAAGAAACAAAAGCCAAUCUUUUUGGCUGGUAUAGUUUUAUCACAGGGAUUUUAAAAUGUGCCAAAGCCCCAUUGUUUUUUGUUUUUUUUACCGAGUUGUUUUUGCUGAGUCAUUAAUUACAUUAUUAAGGGAGACCCUGCAGAUUAUUUCAGGGCAACAUGACAGUGAAACAUUAGGGAGUUUUUUAAAACCAGUUUUUAAUGUUACAUCUUGUUGUGAUAGAAACACGUGUGUGUUUAUCUGUAAUAACUGUCCCAUCAGUGUAAACAAUGUAAUUCCUGUGAAUGAGAAUGUACGUGUUGUCUGUUACCUCCUCAGCAUCUUCUCCAUUCCUUCAGUAUUGCACACUGACAUGUUCAGUAGUAAAUAGUUAUGUUCUCAAACAGAUGAGGGCUACAAAAUAGAUAUGAGUAUUUUUUUUUUCAUCUGAGAACAAACUGCUCUUUUAUAUUCUGUCUCUUCUCUCACUCGUUUCGGUUAUUUUGUUUUUAAUAGAGGAAAUAUUUCCUCUGUUUGUAUAACCGGUCCAACUGGAGCUCAGCUUGUUUUCUUUGGAUUUGGGCUGAUGGGGGAGGCUGAAAUAAUACUCGAGUGAAGUUUUCAACAUUCCAAGCACAAAUACUGGAUUAUUUUUGUCAGUGAGUAACAUUUAGGUGAAUCAUUCUUAAAUAUAGGUUGACAUGCAGACCAAUCCUACAAUCAUAUUAGGUCAUUGUUAUUUAUGCAUAUUAGGGAUCUGAAUGGGGGUUGUUUUGUACCAUGACUCUAUACUUUUUCCUCCUGGUAUAAUCAUUAUGCCAAUGGAAGAAUAAGUGUUUGAAUCGAGAAGUAUGUUUCUGUGAAUACAAUGUAUUAAAGAUGUGUAUUCAUUA